GGUAUUGACAUAACUACAGAGAAUGAUGAUGCUCUCCCUGCUCGUGUACCUGGUGUUAGCAUAUCACUCUGCUCAAGCCACCACUUAUUCCGACCAAAUGGAAGGACUGAGAUUUGCCGAUGACGGAUACAUCCAAUUCAGUCCGGAUAUGAGUCCUUUUGUCAACAAAAUGUCGGUUUGUAGCUGGAUACGUUAUCUCGGAUCAAACCAAUAUCCUCAGAUAUUAAACUACGGGAGUAAUCAAGUUCGUUUUCAAAGCAAUGGUGAUCACAACUGCGCGUCUAAUUACUGCUAUUUGCAAGUAGGAAGCAAACUAACAGUGCCUAAAGGACAGUGGUUUCAUGGAUGUUUAACUUACAGCACUGCCUCCCGGUCCAUUCGGUACUACGCUGACGGUGCACUUUUAGGGACAGCGCAGACAUCAGCAGGCAAUGUUAUUUCAACCGGAGGAAUAUUCGUAUUGGGGAGUCAUUCAGGCAAUCAUCAUACUAGCGCUUACGCAUUUGGUGGAGAGAUGCUACAGCUCAACGUCUACGCAAAGGAGCUGUCUGGAGAAGAAAUCAAAAGAAUGGCUGACGCUGGUAUAUGUUCUACUAUAGAAAAUGAGAAUGAGGACGUGCGUGUUCUGAAAUGGGAGGACAUGUUAAAGAAGAGUAGAACAGGAACCGUUACAGAAUUCAGUAUCAUUGAUCAAUGUUUAUCCCAAAUAUUGUCACGUCUUGAGGAGGCUGAACGUAAGGUGAACGAGACAGAAACGCAGCUCUCGGCCACUAAGCAUUUAUUGGCAGAAUGUCAGCAGUCUUUGGAGGAAUCCGAGCAGACAUUAGAGGAAACAGUUAAGGAAAAAGAGGUCAUUGAGCAGACCCUGAACCAGACACAAACAAAGCUAAACUCUACGGAACUACAGCUGGAAAAUGUAUCUACAAACUUGAACAGAACAGCUGACGAUCUUCAAACGGCCCUGAAACAGUUGGAGCAAUGCAACCAGACCAGUCAAAGUUGGGAUUGGGAUCUUUUCUCCCAGGACACCUACGUGAACACGACAAUCUCUUUAGAAGUUGCUGAGCGGCUUCGUUCUAGCUGGGACAACAUAGCUGAGAUGAUGAUCGGGUUCACGAUAACCGACCAGUUCAUCACGUUUCUAAAGCACAUUGACACUGAGGAAAGACCGUGGACAAUGCUACAUACCAAACGGUACCUAAACAAGGUGUUCACAAGAGAAGAUGCUAACUCACUCAUCACCAUGUGGGACGGAAUUAGCGGGAGUCUUGUCGGUGUUACGAUGACGAGGGAAACGGUGGAACUCUUGAAGUACAUCACCAAAAAUUGCACUGACUAAGCUUGACCUGCACUACUCACCAAGUCAAGGACAUGACUUCACAAUAAGAAGGACGAAUGUUUCUUUUAGGCAUGAACAAUGACAUUUCCAAUUUUCCAUACUUAAAAUUUUCUGAUUUAAAAUGGCUCUUCAUCAGUCAAUUGUUUCCAUCUGUGCAAGCAUGUUCUACUAUUGAAGAGUUGAUUUGAUUAAUCAUUAAUCUAUUAAUCGUUAGCAGAUCAAUAACUUUUAAUUCUUUUGCUUGAAAAAUCGGAUCUUAGUAAUUUUUCUGCAAUUUAUGUAAUUAUUUAGUUGUGUUCUCAAACUCUUUUGAAAA